UUUGCUUGAUGUUGCUCCCACGUCGCUCCAUCCUCUUACUGCGGCUGCCGGCAUCGUCGUGGGCCGACGACCGUCAAUGGUGCUCUUCGCAUCCGGAAAGGUCAUCUGACAAGGGUCUAUGAACGUUCUCGUUCUCUUUUUGGCACAGGCAAGGGAUGAUUGCAGCCUCAUCUUCGAGCUCCGAACGUUCUGACUGAGGGGCGUCUCUGCGAAUGCAAAGUUGACGUCGCAGAUCACACGCUAUUCUUGCCAACCUGACGUGUAUCCCCGCUCAGCAGCUCCGUGUGCUAUAAUGAGAUCCUGCAUAAGUAUGCGGGGUCUACCUGUUCGCCUCGCAGGUGCACGCAUCAGGCGACAUGACCGGUCUCGUUUUUGCGGUGUUGGCCUUGCUGGCUUCCGCCGUCUCGCUAGCUAGUCCGACUGUCCGUUCGACUGCGCCGACCGUCGUUCUUGACAGGGGCACAUUUGUGGGAGUGGAUACAGGGUUGAAUUUUCAGUUUCUAGGCAUUCCAUUUGCGCAGUCUGUAGCUGGAACCGCUCGACUUCGUCUACCUAAACCCAACCUGCCCUAUACCGGCAUUCACAAUGCUACAACAUUUGGCCCAGGAUGCCUGCAACAAGCAUCUACGACACCUGUUCCGCCGGGUCUGUUACCCAGUUCUAUCUCGAAUGCCAGCGCGCCACCGACGAGUGAGGAUUGCCUUACCAUCAAUGUUGUGACGCCUGCUUCAUUCACACCCAAAUCAAGGUUUCCAGUCGCGGUGUGGAUUUAUGGAGGCGGAUUCGAGACGGGAAUGACCUCGAGCUUCGACGGAGGAGUCAUAGUCAACCGUUCGAUUGCGCUAUCCGAACCCGUGGUAUAUGUCAGCAUGAACUACCGCCUUAGUGGAUUCGGCUUCCUUGCUAGUCAAGAGGUGAAAGACGCUGGAUUAGGGAAUCUUGGACUUCAAGAUCAACGUGAGGCGCUACGCUGGGUGCAGAAGUACAUCACUGCUUUCGGUAUUGAUCCCACGAAAGUGACGAUAUGGGGAGAGUCCGCCGGUGCUAUCUCCGUGGGCUUACAGCUGGUGACGAACGGCGGCAAGACCGAAGGCCUAUUCCGCGGCGGUUUCAUGGAGUCGGGCUCUCCUACUCCGGGGACGGACAUCACCAUGGGGCAAACGGUCUAUAACCAGAUCGUGGCCGAAACGGGCUGCUCCGGUUCCCCGGAUACAUUGGAGUGCUUGAGGAUUGUUCCCGUCGACACGUUGUUGGCCGCUAUCAAUGCCACCCCGGAUAUACUCAAUCCCAACCAGGGGCUGAACAUAACCUGGGAACCGCGUGUCGAUGGCGUAUUUUUACCUGAAUCGGGACAGAAUCUGGUUGCUAAAGGUAUCAUCGCUGAUAUACCCAUCGUGAACGGUGACUGCGAUGACGAGGGGACUAUCUUCAGUGUCACACUCGCGAACAUUACAACCGAUGAGCAAGUGUCCGACUUCAUCUCGAGAAAUUUCUUCCCCGGCGCGUCAUCGAGUCAAAUGGCGAAUCUUCUGGCUCUGUACCCUCAAGACCCCGCCGCUGGUUCGCCAUUUGACACCGGCGAACAAAACGCGCUUACCCCUCAAUACAAGCGCCUGGCCGCGUUACAGGGUGACAUCAUCUUCCAAUCCCCGCGUCGAUUCCUCUUCGAACAACGUGCGACGAAACAGCCCAUAUUCUCCUUUCUGAGCAAGCGCGGAAAGUCGACGCCGUUCGUCGGGGCCUUCCACUCCAGCGACCUGCAGAACAUCUAUGGGGGCGGUGAGCUGACCGACUACCUCGUUCACUUCGUGAACCACCUCGACCCGAACGGGCCCCUUGUCACCGGCGAGACCUUUGCGUGGCCACGCUACGAGCCAUCUCACCCGCAGAUGCUUACGCUGCUGGAUGCGCCGCUUCCCGCUCUGGAGUUAACCACGGACACGUUCAGGUUGGAUGCGAUCAGCUUCGUAAGGAACCUUACCUUCCAGUCGGAUGGGAUCCUUUAGAGCUUGUACUAUGUCCUGUCCUAGGGGCACUUCACAAUGAUAUCAUAACGCC